AAUCCCCCCGUCCUCGUGAUGAUAAAUGCCUUCACUGCUGUUAUAAAUGUGAGGAAUCUGUUCUCAGACAGUGAGAGGUGUGCUGGUCAGUGAUCCAAGAUGAAGAACCUGUCCCAUUUUGGUGCAAUCCCUCAAAGGUAAAGGUGUAUGUCUGGAUGAGCAUCAAACCAAAGAUGUCACUUGGAAUCAUUGGGGCUCCUUUUUCGAAGGGACAGGUACAGAAAGGAGUGGAAGAAGGGCCAGCAGUGAUGAGGGAAGCUGGCUUGAUUGACAAACUAAUAGCACAAGAAUAUGACAUCAAGGAUUAUGGAGAUCUGAUGUUUGUGACAUGGACCAUCAUUGGGAACAUCAAUGUGAAAAAUCCCAGAUCUGUUGGGAAGGCUAAUGAGAAGCUAGCAAAUACUGUGACAGAAAUGAAGAAAAGUGGAAGAACCUGUCUGAUACUUGGUGGGGAUCACAGUUUGGCAAUAGGAACCAUCUCGGGGCAUGCAAAAGUUCACCCAGAUCUUGGUUUAGUUUGGUUUGAUGCCCACACUGACAUUAACACACCACUAACAUCUCCAAGCGGGAACCUGCAUGGGCAGCCCAUGGCUUUCCUCAUAAAGGAACUGAAGGACAAGGUGCCUGAUGUUCCAGGAUUCUCGUGGGUAACUCCUUGCCUGUCUGCUAAGGAUAUUGUAUAUAUUGGCCUGAGAGAUGUGGACCCUGGUGAACACUGCAUUGUGAAAUCUCUGGGCAUUAAGUGCUAUUCGAUGAGUGAAGUAGAUAAACUUGGGAUUGGGAAGGUGAUGGAGGAAACACUUAGCUAUUUGCUAGCCAACAAGAAGAGACCAAUUCACUUAAGCUUUGAUGUUGAUGGCUUGGAUCCCUCUCUGACACCAGCUACAGGCACACCUGUUCCUGGAGGAAUGACUUUUAGGGAGGGCAUGUAUAUGACAGAAGAACUUCAUAAAACAGGAUUGCUCUCAGCAGUAGAUAUGAUGGAGCUCAAUCCAUCUUGUGGGAAGACACAGGAAGAAGUUAAUUCAACAGUGAACACAGCUGUUGCUAUGAUCUUGUCCUGUUUUGGAGCAAUGCGAGAAGGCUCUCAUAGUUCCAGUUACUCUAUUCCCCAGCCACAGACAUUCAUCUGAACUGUCUCAAUUAUAUUCUAUUGUGUUUCUUAGUAUUAAAAUACAGUAUGCCAUUAAUGGCAGUCACUUAUUUUUAUGGACAACUUUGAUGACCUGAAGCAUGAAAUAAGUCUUUCUUUGUACCCCAAACAAUGAGAUGCUAAUAAAGCCUGGAAAUCUUAGACAACAGAGGUGAUCACAUAGAAUUUGUCAU